CAUGUCCAUGUGCGCAUGCAUUUUGCUCGUGCAUUUACAAACGCAAGACCGUGCGUGCGAUGCACGCGCCAUGGGGUCUCGCAGUUACCAAUUAAAUGGCGAAUUCACGCCUUCUACCACCUCCCCCGUGAAGCAGCACAUCGUGGUCCGGAGCUGCGCCGCGCUGCAAUGGCUGGUCCUCUCUCCAAGUCCUCCCUCUUCUCGAUCUUGCGCUCCCACUCCCAGAAGGCGGAGCCAGCGCUCCAUCUCCCCCGCCGCGGAUACCACGUCGAGCUCGGAGCUCGCGAGAAGGCGCUGCUGGAAGAAGAUCCUGCGCUUAAGAAGUUCAAAUCGUACAAGAAUACUGUGAAGCGGGUGUCGAAAAUUGGGGACGCCCUUUCUGUGCUUGUUGUUGCUGUGUGUAGCUACGAAAUUUAUGCAGUUGCUGUAAGAAGAAAGGAACAAAGGAUGCACUGACACCAUCCAGUUGCCUAAUAAAAAGAUGGGUUUCCAUUCUUCUUAUGUGCUUUUCGGACUGCCUUUAAUGGCUUUGUCAGACAGCACUGACGAUUUUAAAACAUCAGCCAUCAUAGAAAUAAAAUGGAUACCUGAAAACUCAAGAGAAUUGUAAUUUUCUGUUUUUGUUUGAAAAGUCGUGUUAUAAAUUGAGGAUCUGGUUCCUCUGAUCACUUGCUCAUUAGUGGUGCUUAAUUAGCCAUUCACGACUCUUAAAAGAUGGAUGAUUUCUGAGAUAUUGGCUGUUUAUGAGCUAGAAA